UUCUAAUGGUCAAGGGGCGUACGGGGAAAGAUUUGCUCAUGCUCAAUGGUUAUACAUAUUACCAACAUAAGCUGCUGAAAGAUGGGUACAGAUGGAGCUGUACACAAAUGGGAUCGAGGUCCUGUAGGGGAUUCCUGCAUGUGACGAAUGAUAUGCUGGUUAUAAGGGCCCAAACCGAUCACACCCAUCCACCAUCCACUUACUUCUUGGAGAACAGGAAAAGGCAGAAAAAAGAUACGAAGAGAAGUGCGUCAGAGAAAUUUGUCACCGGAAUUUCAUUGAGAAUAGCCAAUAUACAGGGACGUGUUGGAUUCUGAUAGUGUGUUGGUCUAUAAAUGCCAUGCCGUUUUCAUAAAUUAUACCUGUACUUAAACAUAUAAAUUUAUAAUCAUAGAUUUUAUUAAAAAUUGUAAAAAAAUUUAAAAUUCAUAUAAAUAUAUUUUGUAAUUGUAA